GAGGGGCUCGUUUAUUGCUAGGGGAGUGGUUUUCAACAAGAAACGCUCAAGAUGUCUAUGAUUCAAGUGAUCUCUCACAGUGGAAGUGGUAUAGCAGCAGACAGAACACCAUUCUAUGGGAUCAAGCUGCCCUCAGAAGUCAAAAAGCUAGUUCAGCUAUCAAAAACAGUGGACCAUACCACCCUCAGAAAGAUUCUGAAAUGUGUUGUGAUGCAUGUGGAGAUGGGAGAGGGGUACGAGGAUCAGUUGACAGCUCUACAAGGUCCAAAGUGCUCACAGGAAACAGUCAGAGCGUUGUUUGCAGGAAUGCUAUCACUGCUGACGUCAGCACUCCGUACACCCGGACUUAAACCUGAGAUCGUGAAGGAAGACUUACAAGCAAUUAAGAUGCCAGUUGAGCUAGUCACUGAUAUGGGGAGUGCAGUUACAGGAUCAAAGAGAGCCAAGUUAGAGAGAGCACAAGUGGAGAGACGAGUAGCUCUGCCAAAGAUGGACUCUGUAAGAUGGAGGAUUGAUGUUACUAUUUCCAACAGUUCCCUUCACCGAGUGCUGGAACCAUCUAUAUUGAUGGAGAUGACCCUCUCGAAUGGAGCCAUCAAAACGUUUGAGGUCCCUGUGAGCAAGUUCCAUGAGCUACGCUACAAUGUGGCUUAUAUUCUCAAAGAAAUGGAGGAUUUAGAGAAGAGAAAUGUACUCAAGCUUGGAGACUAAAAAUAUGUUACGUUUUGUUCACUUGUACAGUUUGUGUUUCGAAAUAAUUCUUUCUAGUGUAAA